AUGUAUCAUAACGAAGAUAUAGACUGGUGUAUGAUUGCAUUCAUUACCAUUGGGAGCAUCUCAAGAGACAUUCACAUGGCCAGCUGUGUGUGGAAGAAGCUUUAUGUAGAUAUAUAUGCAGCUUCCGCAUCGUUGGCGUUCGGUUAUUGGCUUAGCAAUCUAAUCACACAUUUCGUUACCAUUCGAGGAGAUGGCAUCAGCCAGCGACCAAAU